UGUGGACGGUGAGAUUCUGUACAUUUCCCAAACAGAAUUUGGCCGGUCGGUGUAAAUACACGCUUCGCAAGUGGCAUAAAUGUUUUGUUUGUGUUUUUGGUAGAAAAAUGGAAGGAUUCUCGUUGCCGACUUGUGGAUUAUGAUAUAGCGGUUUAGGCCACCUAUGUGGUUACCGGUAUUCAGCGGUAUUCAAUUUACAUCAGCGACAUCAUGCGCAACACAGGUUUGCACUCAGAUGCUCUCUCUCGCGGAUGCAGAUUGUGUCACUUUCGCCAGCUGGCAUCGGUUUGUUCUACGUUCAGCUUGUAUUUUUGAAACCGAUUCGUUUGAAUUUAGUUUAUUACGAAAUUUUGUCGAGACCAGACAGGGCUUGAGUUUGUUGCACCCGUGAAAUAGGCCAAUAAUUGCAUCUCGGUGUGCAAAAUGUUCAAGUUGAGCAUUUUGCCGCUACUCUUGGUGGUAGCGUUUGCGAGAGCUGAUUAUGACAACAGCAUAUACAGCUGUCGUGCUGCGAAAAAAGAGUGCAAGUUGGCAAAUUUGAACUACAGAAGUCGGGAUGCUGUGUCCAGUAUGAGGAUCGAUGGUGGAUCAACGCCUUUUUUGGAUAUAGAGUUCGUGGAUUCAUCUUUUCCAAUCAUACCGCCAUCGCUUUUUCGCGACAACGAUAAUGUUCGGGCGCUCUCAGUGAAGGAAUGUGAGAUACAAACAGUCGAGCCGAGAACUUUCGCUGAAGCUAGGGAGCUGAAAUUUCUCAAGAUUCAGAAAAACGGUCUCUUGAAACUGUACAACGAUAUGUUUAAGGAAACAAAACUGACGAAAGCAAAUUUUGGUAAUAAUAGAAUUACAGAGGUGGAGGAAUUCACUUUCCGGGGCUGUAGAGAUUUGGACGCCCUGAAGUUGUCCAAAAACAGAAUCAGAGUUUUUCCGGUGCGGCUUUUCGAAGGGCUCGUUCAGCUGGAAGAUUUGAGUUUGGAUCAUAACCGAGUGGAAGAAUUAGAGGGUAAUCUGUUCCGAGAUCUUGGAAACCUCAAAGAACUGUAUCUGAGCUACAAUUUCAUCCAAUCUUUGAAUCCCAAUGCAUUUGUAGGUCUUACAAACUUAAGGAAACUGGUUCUGAAAGAGAACGAAAUAUCAACAAUUGACCCCCGCGCUUUCGGACCAUUGGUAAACCUGGCCGAACUUGAUUUGGAGGAGAACAACCUGAAACUCUUCGCACCGGAAACGUUUGCGAAGCUGACGAACCUCAAGGAGUUGAUUCUGACGGAAAACUACAUCGAGCAGUUGGAUGACCGAAUCUUCGAGGGCAACAGCAGACUGCAAGCCCUAGUGCUGAACAACAACUCCAUCGAAGCGCUACAACCGGCUCUGUUUUCGAGGUUGCCCCAGCUGGAACAACUCUCCGUACAGUUCAACGAACUGUCUCGUUUGGAUGACGAUUUGUUCGUGAAUAAUCGCAAUUUGGAUACGCUUCACUUAGAGGGAAACAUAAUCAGUUUGGUUGGCGCUCGUGCUUUCGCCGGCUUGGGACGGCUGGAAAUAUUAGAUCUGGACGAUAACAACAUCGGGUCACUCGAGGGAGGUGUUUUCAGUGAUUUAGGUGGUUUGGAGAAGCUGUUUUUGGAGAAUAACCUUCUCCGGGAGUUGAAAGCCGGCACACUGCGAGGUGCGACUAGUUUGAAGAAGCUUUAUUUGAAGGAUAAUUUGAUCAAGACAGUUGAUGAGUCUUUUUUCAACGAUGUCCCCCAGUUGAAGUCCCUUACGUUAGAGGACAACUUUAUCGAUCGUGUUCCAAGGAGACUUUUUGCCAACCUGAGGAGACUGAAGGAACUUUCACUGAGUGAUAACAAUUUGGAGGGUUUCGAGGACGGGGUUUUCCAAGAUACUUCAAGUUUGGAGGAGUUGUAUCUUAGAAACAAUAAAUUUUCUUCGAUUCAGUCGUCAGCACUCAAUGUUGGAUCGUUGGAAUAUUUGGAUCUCUCGGACAAUUACUUCAACCAGUUACCGACGAACACUUUUGAGCAUCUCAAACGACUAGAAUCGCUGGAUUUGGAUGACAACAAGUUCCCGGAUAUUCCAGAGGCGGUGCGUGGGAUGUCAAGCUUGAAAGAUCUUGAGCUGGCUGGGAAUUCAAUAUCUCAAAUCGAUACCGACGUUCUGAACUCACUGACGGGUCUCAAAGAUUUGGAUUUAUCUGACAACAAGCUCACGGAUGUUCCUGCGAAUGCUUUCAGCAAUUUGCGAUCGCUUAAGGAGCUGUACCUGGAUGAAAACGAUAUUAAGAUGAUCGCGGAUGGUACAUUUUCGCAGAAUAGAAAUCUCAAGCAGCUGGAUUUGAGUGAGAACAACAUCGAUCAGCUUGGAGCAAACGUAUUCGCGGGAUUACACAACUUAGAGUCUCUAGAUUUGAGGGAUAACCCAAUCGGUGGAAUUGACGAGAAAGUGUUCCGCGAUCUAUCGAAACUGGAAUCGCUGUCGGUGGAAAAUACGAGCCUGGUUGAAAUUUCGGGAAGCCCUUUCUCCAGACUAUCUUCGCUGGAGAAACUAGACUUGGAUUCGAAUCAUGUGAGUGAGUUGAAUGCCGUCAUGUUUAGAGGGUUGGAGAACUUGGAAAACCUUUAUCUGAAUUUCAAUCCGGUGACGAAACUUCGUACUGAUUCGUUCCAUCAGCUGGGAAAUUUGAAAGUUCUCAGUAUUGGUCCGAGUGAGAUCGCCAGUUUGGAUAAGGAUUUGCUGCGAUAUGCGCUUCGGUUGGAGGAGUUGUUCUUACACGGACUAAACUUUGAUAUCCUGCCCCGUGAUUUCUUCCAGUUUAGUCGCAAGCUGGAGGUACUGUCGAUUAACAACAACGACAAGCUCAAAGCGGUUGAUAAAAGUUGGUUUAACGAUUUACCGAAUCUGCGGACACUCAACCUAAUGAACAACAGUAUAAUCAAUUUCCAAGUCGGAGUAUUCGAUGCCCUCGAUGAUUUGGAAAACCUGUUUCUGUCCGAAAACCAAGUUCAAACGUUGGAUGUUAAUCUUUUCGUCAAACUUCUACAAUUGGAAACAUUGGAGUUGGAUGACAUGUCGCUCUCUUCCCUACCGUUGGGAAUCUUUGACAACCUUGUUGAUUUGGAGCAACUCGACUUGGGAUCCAACCAGUUGAGUUCGCUGGACAACCACAUCUUCAGGAACCUCUUUUCGCUGGAAAGCCUCUGCCUGGCUGACAAUAGCAUAGUUUCACUUAAUCCGGAGUUGUUCUACGGUUUGAGAAAUUUGAACGAGGUUGACCUGAGCGAUAAUGAGUUAACCGCGCUGGAUUCCAAUCUGUUCCGGGACUGUCUCGAUCUCGAGGUCCUUAAUUUGGGAAAUAACAAAUUCACGACUUUCGAUCUACCCCAAAUGAGCUUCUCGAAGACGCUAAUCGAGUUGGAUAUCUCGAAAAAUAUGUUAACAUCCCUUAGGGUCACCGAAGAUCUGUACACAUUGAUCGCCGAUGACAACCAGAUCAGUACUAUUGCCACGGAUACUUCUCCCUCGUACAACCUAAAUCUGCUGUCGCUCUCCAACAACCGACUAUCGGAUAUCUCGCCAAUUUAUAGAUUCAACAAUUUGGAAUCUUUGAACAUUUCCCGCAAUGAUCUGCAACAGUUGGAUUUCGGUCAGCUGACAAGCUUGUUGGAUGAGUUGGAAGUUCUCAACAUCUCACACUGCAAAAUUCCCGAGUUCAAAGCAUCGGAAAUGAUAACACAGGAAUCGAUGAAGGUGCUGGACAUCUCCCAAAACGAGCUGUCAAGUUUGGACAUUGCCGUGUUCAAGCACUUCCCGGAGAUGGAGCUGUUCGUGGUUGGCGGUAACAAAUUCGUGCAAAUGCCGGCCGAUCAGUUGGUGGAUACUUUCAAGGAUUUGGAGUUUGUGGGUGCAGAUGGAACGCAGUGGGACUGCGUUUCACUCGAAAAGUCUGUGGACUUAUUUGAGCAAAACGACAUAGAUUUCUGGAGACGGGAUCCUUCCGAGAUGUGCUCGGGGAAAUCCAUCCGUGGAAUAUGCUGCAUGUAGAGUAAACUUGUGAUUGAUGCAUAUCAACAAAGACGCUUUGAUUGAUUUGAGCUUGUCGGAAAUCAGUUUCCAACAGCAGAAAAAUAGCCUUGUUGAAACUUCAGAAUUGGUUACACGUUUCAUUGUAUUCCUUCCUCGAAGUGAAACCCUAUCCAGUAGUUUUGAUUAAUAGUCGAAAAAAUAAACCAUUUGUUGUUGUUUUUUUGUA